AUGGCGCAUUUGGAUGAACCGCCUUUUUUUGUUGUCGGAACAGAUGUAAGUGCCAAGUACAAAGGGGCAUUUUGUGAAGCAAAAAUCCAAAAAGUAUCAAAAAAUGUAAAAUGCAAAGUUCAAUAUUCUAAUGGGAUAUCAACAUUUGUCACGGAUGAUGCAGUAAAAGGACAACUAAAGGUGGGGGCUACUGUAACAAUACUAUGUAGUAAGAAAAAAAAAUUACUUAGAGCAACAAUUCAAAAGAUUCAAGAUUGUAGUCAAUACACUGUUGUAUUUGAUGAUGGAGAUGUAGCAUGUUUAAAGAGAACAGCGUUAUGUCUGAAAAGUGGAAGACAUUUUGCUGCUAGUGCUACUCUGGAUCAACUUCCACUUACACACCCUGAACAUAUUGGGGUUACACCUGUAACAACCACUAUUGUUCAAGGUCGUAGAAGAAAACAUAAAAAAAGUUCUGGGGAAAGUGGUGAAGAAGAAUCUUCAGCAAUGGAGGAAAAAGAUAUUGGAAAAGUAGUUUGUGUAGAAGCUUAUGACAAAAAGAAAGUAAGAGACAAUUGGUUUCCUGGUUUGAUAGUUGCACCCACUUCACAAUCCUCAAUCAAAACUAAUGUUGAAAAAGACUACCUAGUUCGUUCAUUUAAGGAUGGAAAAUACUAUACGGCAGUAAAAAAAGAAACUACUGAAUUUACAAAAGAAAUUGGUGCUAGAGUGGAAAAUCCUACACUUAAAACUGCCGUCGAAAAAGCCCUAUUCUUUCUGGACAAAGACGAACUCCCAUCACAUUGGGAUAGAGAUUUAUUAUUUGGUGUUAAUAGAAUUUUUAUUGCACGAAAUAGUGAAGUAUUUGAUGGCAAUAAUUCUGAUGAAGAAUCAAUUGAAGAAAAAGAUCAUUUUGUCGCACAGUUAUUUAAAUUUAUGGAUGAUCGAGGAACUCCUCUUAAUCAAGCUCCAGUCAUUAAUGAGAAAGAUGUUGAUUUAUAUAAACUCUUUAAGGUUGUCAAUAAUUGUGGAGGGUAUAAUAAAGUAAAUAAAGGUCUACUAUGGAAGUUUGUUGCAAAUAAAGUUGGACAUGAAGAACAGUCAUUUUUUUCUGUUAAACAUUGCUAUGAACAAUAUUUAAAUAGGUUUGAGGAAUUUCAUCGAAAACUCGGAUGCACAAUGUUGAGUCAUCCAAGGGGAGGAAGAUUGCACAGUAGAUUUAGUCGCAGCCUUAUUAGGGAUGUUGAUAAAGCUCUGCCUAGCACAUCAUCUGCGACUGAUAAAAAUAAGUGUGCAAAAAAUGAAUUAAACAAUAAAAAAGAUAAUGAGUCUACUGUAGAUAAAAAAACAGCCAAAGCUAUUCAAGCUGAAGCGAAACUUCUUAAGAACAAUGAAAAAACUUCAAAGAAAGGUGAUAAAAAAAAAGAUGUUCCUAAUAGUACAUCACGUAAUAAACAAUCAGUGAAAUGGGAUCCAGAUCUAACAGAAACAAAGGAUCCAGUUAGAAAUACUAAACCUAGAAAAGAAAUAAAAGAAAUAAAAAAAGAAGUAAAAAAAGAGAUAAAUUCUGAUACAGUAGAUGAUGAUCAAAUCAUUGAAGAUAAAAAAAUAGAAAAAAAAACAUUUCCAAAAAAUUUAUUUGGAAAAUCUGUGCAAAAAACUACUAACAAAGAAAAAGUUGUAAAAGUUAAAUCUGCAAAUACUGGUUUAUCAGGAUUGACUCCAUUAAAAAAGUCUAAGAGAGGAACUUCUAAUACCCUGCAAGAUGCUUCAAAUAAAGGAAAACUCGUUGAAGAAGUACCAAAACUUACUCGAUCAAAAACCAAAGAAGAUUUACCUACUAAAUCAAGGAGAGUAUCAAUAUUAAAUGAUCUUGCUGACAGUGCUUCUGUGGUACAACUUACCCAGCCUGGACUUCUUGUAGAAAAUCUAAUUAAAAUUAAAAAAGAGGGCAGAAUUGAAAAGAAGAAAACUCAAAGAAAAAAAAAGAACUAUAAAGAGGAAAAAGCGACCUCAAACGAAAUAAUUCCUAUAUCUAUUAUUGAAAAUGUUCCGUUUGAUAAAAACUCACCAGUGCUUGUUGGAGAUAAUCUUGUAGUAUACUACGGAGAUAAACAAGCAACAACUUAUGAUGCAAAAGUUAUUAAUGUGUGUGAUAUUGAAGGUGUAAUGAAAUAUUAUGUACAUUAUAAAGGAUGGAAUUCACGUUAUGAUGAAUGGAUAGAUGUAACGCGUAUUGCUUAUAAAACUAAGGAUCCAGAACCAGGACCUGAAAUAGAUAAUGAUGUAGAUUUUUCAAAAAGUAGUCCUUCAGAACAAAAAAAUGUGGAUCCAAAGAAGGUACCAUCAACAACUAAUAGAACUAAAAGAUCAGUCACUCCACUCCCAUCAAAUUUAAAUAUUAAAAAAUCACCUUUUAGCAGUGCUCGACCUAUAAGAUCAUGUACUUUGACCGAUCGUCCAUUAUUCGAUAUUGAUAUUUCUGAUUCGGAAGAAGAAUACACUGCAAUUGUAGGACCAACAAAACAAUAUAGUAAGAAAAAAGUCAUAAAAUCUGAACCAGGUGUUGGUAUUAUUAAAACUGAGCCGUCAGACACUGAUAAUCAGAAAAAGACACUAUAUCCGAAGACAUAUCCCAGUAAAGAAGUACUUAUGAAUCGAAGUGCACUAAGAAAACAAAAGUCAUGUGUGUUUAAUGUUAAUAGCAUUAAAUCUGAAGAAGUUAAGGUUUGUGAACCAGUUACUCUUGAACCGGCAUUUGAUUUUAAUUUUGUGAUGCAACUACCAAGUAUAAAACCAAAUGAAGUUAAUGAAAAUGUAGAAGCAAAGAACAAAAGUAAAAUUGACAAUGCUAUAAAAAUUGAACCAAAAAUUGCCCCCAAUCAUUAUUUGUCACCUAGAGAAAAAUCUGAAAGAAAUUAUCUAGAACAUAAUAUGUCUGAAUCCUCAAAAAGUCGGAAUGAAGAAAUCAGAAUUAAAUCCAAACUGUUUACAAUUUCAACUAUGUCGGAAAUUCCAAGUAUUGUCAAUUACUCAACGUCUUCUGAUGAAGAAAAUCAAUUUGAAAAAGUAAAUGAUUUCAUUUCUUCUCCAUUAGAUGAUAAAUCUAACAAAUCUAAAAUAUCUGGUGCCGAUUUUGAUCUUAACAAAAUAAGAUCAGAAAUGAAGGGACUAAUGCCAACAUCAACAAAUAGUAAUGAUAUUAUUCAAAAUACAGAAUCAUUCAUAUUAGAUCAACAAAUAGAGAUUGAAGUUUCAAAAAUUAAUCAACCAAUCACAGAUGAUGUUUAUGAAUUUAAAGAAUCUGAAUCAUGCAAUUUUAAUACAAUUUCUUCUGUCACUGAAGAAAAAAUCUGUAGAUCUAUUAGACAUGACUCUCCAAGAUUAUUUAACGUUGAGAAAUCUGAUGAACAAUCAAAAGUUCCUUAUACUCCAGCACAAGAGGAACUAGUUGAACAAAAUGGGUCCAUGAUACCAUUUGUCCCUAACAGCAAUAGCUUUUAUUCAUCUGAUAAUAAUGGUAAAAUAAAAGUUAAUGAAAAUUUGAACAUUAUUAAUGAAAUCAAAAAUCCAAUUAUGAGAAAUCAAUCUGACAAUGAGUCUAAUGAAUCCCAAAACUUAAUGAUAAAUUAUGCUACGGUAGAUACGCCAAAUAUAAAAGAAAUUGAGCCACAUUUUCACGAUGAAUCUGUUUCCGAUUUAAAAGAUGAAGUUUUGGAUUUAUGCAUGAAACCACCUGAAUCACCACCUACCAACAUUUUUAGUAUGCCAGAGCAAAAUGAACUCAAUGGUAUGGUCAUUGAAGAAGAUGAUGAUGAUGAAGAUGAUGAUGAACCAAAAUUGGUAAUAGCUGAAAAUGAUAAAAUAGAAACUGAUUAUCAAAUGGAUUCUGAUCUUGUGGUUAUUAGCGAAGAACAUAAUUCUUCCAAUGGACAAAUUGACGAAGACAUAGAAACAAAUUCCCUGCCACCACUACCACCGAGUGUACACACUAAUAUUGAAUUAGAGUGCAAAAGUUCAUCUCAAGUUAAAAAAGAUAUAAGUAUACCAAAAGAUACAGAUGAUGAAAGUACUACAUCUUGUAAUGAAAGCAUUCAAAAUGCUCUUAUUCAAAGUUUCCAAAUGUAUUCACAUUUUGAAAACCAUUCAAGUCAAAAUAGACUUUAUAUGGAUAAUAUUGACGAAACCCAAAAAUCUGGUUUUGAAUUUGAUUCAAAUUCAAGAUCGCCUACAGAUGAAGAUAGAGAAAUUGUUGAAUCUGGAACUAAGCUUUCCAUUAAUGAACCUUCAAUUAAUGGUAAGCCUAAAAAAUGUGAUUUUGAAGUCGAAAGUGUAAAAGUAAAAUUUGAGAAAGAAAAAACUAUGGUGCUACCAGAAUUGCAAUGUAGAGAAGAAAUAGUAGAUGAAGAUACUCUCAAUAAUGCUUUAGUUAUAGAGUACAAUCUUAAAGCUGCAGAAUAUGACAUUCAUAAGCCUAGUACUAGUAAAGGUUUCUUUGAUUCGAUACAUCAACCAGGUACAAGCAAAGAUAGUUUCUAUGAAACUGACACUAGUAGUGAUAUAAAAAAUAGUUUCUUUGAAGCUAGACAAACAGUCAAAAAUGUGAUUUUUGAUACAAACAUUCCUGGAAAAAGAAGUUUAUUUGAUACCAAUAUUCCUAGUUGCAGUAGCAAAGAUUUCUAUGAUCAUAAUAUUCCAAGUACCAGCAAAAGCAGUUUUUAUGAAAACUGUUUGCCUAGUACUAGCAAAAGUUUUUAUAAUCCUGAAUCUGAUGUAAAUAGUGUUCUAUUUUGUGAAGAAACCAUACCAGGCAGUCCAACUGGUACAUCAGAAGAACAAUAUGAUCAAGAAAAAAGAAAUAAAGCUCUUCAAGUACUUUAUGAAGAAAGAGAAGCGGCUUCAGCUAUGUAUGCUAUGAAUCAAUCUUUUCAUAGACCAAUGAUUACAUUGAUGGGUGCUACGGAAGAAGAAAUGGAAGAAUAUACUAAUAUUCUACAAAAAGAUGGUGCAAUACUUGAUCAAAGACAUUUACAGUUCUUAGCUGAGGUUUCUAGUAGGAAUCUUGGUAUAAAUAUAAAUGAACCAUCAGUUACGGAAUCACUUGAAAGAGAACCAGAGACAACAGUUGAGAAAGUAGUUAAGCCACCAGAAAAACUACAAUCCAAGCGCAGAAUUAGCAGUCAUGAACAACCAUCAAAACGCUGUAAAUUGUCUACUACUACUACUGCUCCUAUACCUUCAGUAACUCAUGUUAAAAAAUCAGAUGAAGAAGAAUUAUUAUAUGAAAUACCUAUAAGAGAUGGCCAACCAUUGGUCGUAUACACUCCAGGUAUGAACUCAGCUCAAAGGCAAGCUGUUAUAAUAGCCAAAAUGAAUGAACUACGAGAAGAAUUUAGUACAGUGAAAGGUCAUUUAACUGUGAUUGAUCGAAGAAAGAAAAAAAUUAAAAAGCGAAAAAGGGACCAGGCCAAAGCUGCUAAGCCUGAACCAAAAUAA